CCACCUUCAACAGUUUGCCCAAAGCUUACACUUCUCUUCCCCUUCCGCUAUCCAUCUCUUGCUCCACAAAACUUGACAAAGUAUAUCCCUUACACAACCCUUUCUUUAUUUCUCAGAAUUUGUUUUUGUUUUCUUAUCUAACUACCUUCUUACAACACAAACCGUCAUAACUACCAUUUCUUGCAUACCCUAAUCCGAAUUGAUGGCAUCUAUUGCCUCUAGUUCUUCCCACCACCGUCUCUACCUCCGCACUAGGAGAACCCAACCUGUAGCAGAUCGUAUAUUCCGAGCACUCCGCCACCACCUCAAACUCCUCCACCGGUCCGAAUCAAAUUUCUUUAUCUUAGGUGCUACAGGAAAUGUCUAUACAGUCACCUUAACCACCAAUCCUGCAUGCACUUGCCCUGACCGUACAACUCCGUGCAAACACAUACUCUUUGUUCUGAUUCGUGUAUUGGGUGUUUCCCUCAACGAUACAUGUCUCCGACGAAGGACUCUCCGGCCAUGCAGGGUCAGCCACCUACUUAGUACACCCACAUCAGGUGAAGCGCUAGCCAGCGAGGGCGUUCGUCAGAGAUUUCAUGAGCUAUUCUUUCAGGUAAAGAAAGAUAGUCUUUUGAGACCUAAUAAUAAUAAUAAUAAUAACAAUAAUAUGAAGAUAGAAGAUGGAACGACGUGUCCUAUUUGUCUUGAUGAGAUAGAGAAAGACGGCGUAGAUCAGAGAGGUGCUGUGGCUUGUGGGACUUGCAAGAAUGUGAUUCAUGAAGAGUGCUUGAAGAUGUGGAGGAAGAGUAGGGGAAGAAGAGGUGGUAAUUGUGUCAUUUGUCGAGCCAGAUGGAGAGAUCAUAGAAAUGAUCAAGAAAGGUAUUUGAAUUUAUCAGCUUAUGUUAGUGAUGAUGGUUAUCAUACGGGUAUUGACGGUGCAGGUCUUUGUGCUGGUUGAAUUAUAUGUGUGAGAUUAUGAAAUGAAUAAUGUUAUUGUGGGCUGGUUAAUUUGCUUUGUAAAUACUACAUAGAUGUUUAUGUAUAUUUGUGUUAAUUUGAUUUGUAAAUACUACAUAGAUGUUCAUGUAUAUUUGCGGUAGAUUUAAUCAUCCUUUCCUCAGUUUCAUAUUAGAAUUUUCAUUGAUUA